UUAGUGUGGCGCUGCGUAAACUGCAAGAUGAGCUACUUAGAGCUGUCGGCAUCAGAUUGACUCAAAGACUGAAGCGGAUGUGAGCUCAGGGAAGAGGCAGACCUACGACAGGUAAGGCUGUGUCAGAACGUUUAGGUGAAAGGUUGGGGUCGUCCAAACCGAGGAAUAUACUGUUGUCACCUAACUCCCAGCUGAUGGCCCACCGGAGGAGCCGGUAAUCUCCUGCACUGUGUGUUUGAUAGCCCAGAUUAGGCUGAGGGGUCUUAGGGAGCAAACAAGCUGCUUUUCAUUGUCUGAUCAGGACCAGCAAGGAGCAGCAGCACCAUGAGAGCUGCCCACCGCCCUCUGCUGUUCCUCCUUUUUGUGUUCCUACUGCAAACCCACUGUGAAGCCUUAAGGUGUUACACCUGCAUGGGCUCCAACAACGAAGACUGCAACAGACAGGGCUCCAAGUCCUGCCCCAGCUACUCGGAUGCCUGUGCCGUGGUGGUGGGACAUGAAAGUGGGGUGAUGAAGUCGUGUUCCUACAAGUCUUUCUGCAGCCAGGCCAACAGUCAGGGCUACAGAGCUCCAGGAGUGAAAGUCCACUGCUGCUACAGUAAUGACUGCAACAUGACAAGCUCCGCCUCUCGGCUGCCUGGCCUGAACUUCCUGCUGCUGCUUUGUCAGCUGCUGAUGCACGGUUGGUUCCUGACACACGGCUGAGCUCAGUCAGCCAAUAGGGACAGAAACGCCAACUGCAAUGCCAAAUUAAGAUGCCUGUUUCGAGGCUGCAGCCUACAAGCCACUGCUCAACACUUGCUCUGGUAAUCUGGAGAAGACUUUCAGCUUGAACCCAUUCUAUUGAUGGAAAUUAUUCGAAAAAGGAUUAGAAGUGAAGGAAGCAGAAACUUCUGCUGCUUUUUCCAGUAUUUAGGAGUUUUAAUCAACUACGUCAGAAACAAAACUAUAUUAGUUUUCAUCAAAGGAACUCUUCAGACAAAUCUUUUUUUAAGCAUUUGUUCACCUAGUAACAUUGGAGCUGAUCUAACGCACAUGCUUCCAGGUCUAAAUGUGGAAUGCUGAGCUUCUUAAGCCAGAGAGUUGUAAUGCCAUUAGUUUCUCACCUGUCAAUCACCUACCUCAGGUGUGUGAAAUCCUCGAGAAGUGAGAAAAAUCUCUCUUGUGCUCUGUAAAUCCCUGCAAUCGCUUUACACGCAUGUGGCCAGGUGUGUUAGUCUGAUGAGGCUAAUCCUUUGUGUUUUAAGUCAUUUAGAGAAUUAUAGACUUUACAGAGUCUGAGUGCACUUCCUUACAGGACGGAUGAAGAACGCUGGUAUUGCUCUACGAUCUCCCCAAAACGUUGUGUCCACUUUACAUGGCGGUUGCAGGAAUUCAUGUUGUGACGUACAUUAAAGACACUGUUUGUGUCUUCGUGCAUCAUAUAUUAAGCGUUUAGGAUGCUAAAGUGACAAAAUACAUUUUGUGAAGUGUCCAUACUUACAAACCUCCCAUACUUGAAAUGAGUAUUUUUUGUUUUCACAGACAAUUCUUUGGUGUAAAUUUGAAUUAACACAAAAUGUGUUUAUUUUCUGUAAGACAUGUGAUGUGUAGUCUUUAGCGGUCAAAUAUAGUGCAGUGUGGUUCAUGAAUACUGACUGUAUCCUUAAA